AUGGCAGCAGUUUCAGUGUCCAGAGAUGGAAGCAACUUGGGGAUCCCCAUGUUGGUAGAUGGGGGUCCACAUGGGAGUGGCCACCAGGGAUCCUGCACAGAAGGGUGUCUGGGGUCCUGCAAGGGCACUGAUGCCAGGGAGUCUUGCAUGAGUAGACUAGCUGAUCCCACCCAUAGGACUGACUGUGGCCAUGACUCUGGGGAUCCUCUGUGCAUCUCUGUAGACAGUUGGUGGGCUGACCUUAAUUAUUAUCUCUCCACAAUACCCUUCCUUGCUGCUAUCGAUUCUGGCCUAAUGGGAGUAUCAGCAGAUAAUAUCAUUCUCCUGCCACCAUCCAAGGAUCAGACAAAUUUUUGUUAUAAUGUUUCCAGCUGUCAUUCAUCUUUUCCAGAAGCAAUGAAAAUGUGGAAUAAAUUUUACAAGUGUGCAAUGUCACCUUCCAGUAGUUUUGAUGACCUGUUGAAGUACAUGUGGGAUGCACAUGUUUCAUCCCUGGAGUUUGCUCGUAAGAAUUUUCAGAGUAGGUCAAAAUAUUAUUCUAAACAAAAAGCAGAUUUUCAAAGCAACUGGGCUUUAUUAGUGGACUACUUGGCUCCAUCACUCUUUCCUACAACGUUGGAUAGAGUGUGUGAAUUCCAGAAAGGCCUACCACCACGGAUACUUGUUAGUGGGGACCCAGCUCACUUCAUCAGUGACUUUAAUGACUUACAGAACAAGGUUCUGCUUGGUCUAAAGUUCCUCCACAUAAUGCACAAAUAUUCAGCGACGAAAAUGAAACCUGUCUAG